AUGCAGUCCUUCAAAGCAGUCUUCUUCAAACCUGACCCCCAGGAACAAAAACGGAAAUGCGACUCCAUCAUUCGCAAGAACGUUCGUGGCUUGGAUCGUGAUAUUCUCAACCUCAAAGUCACCGAACAAAAAACAAAGUCACUCAUUCUCCAAUCCUCCAAACGCGCACAGAAGAACCCUUCACAGGCCAACCAGGCUAUUGCCGAAACACGGCUUUAUGCCCGAGAAUUACUUCGGGUGCGGAAACAGGCGGGGAGAUUACAUACAAGCAAAGCACAACUACAGAGUGUCCAGAUGCAAGUCAACGAAGCGUUUGCCGUGCGGAAGAUCGAGGGAAGUCUCAAAGCAAGCACGAGUAUUAUGAAGGAUGUCAAUACCCUCGUACGACUACCGGAAUUGACAGGCACCAUGCAAGAACUCAGUCAAGAGUUGAUGAAAGCUGGUAUCAUCGAGGAGAUGGUGGGGGAUGCUCUACCAGAUGAUCAGCUACUAGAGGGAGAGGAUGAAGAGGCCGAAACCGAGGUGGACAAGGUAUUGGGAGAAGUCCUCAAAGGCAGAUUGGGGACUGCAGAACAGAAGAUUCCCGACCUGCCGGUGGAGGAGGAAGAGGAAGCAGAAGACCGAGAAGCCGAACUGGAGCAGAUGCGAGGGCGGUUGGAAGCACUCAAGAGUUGA